AUGGGACUGCUGUCAAUUAUAAAAAAGACUAAGCGAAAGGAGCGCGAAAUGCGUAUCUUAAUGCUUGGUUUAGACAAUGCCGGCAAGACUACUUGUGUCAAGAAAUUUUGUGGAAAGGAUACAAAUUCCAUCAGUCCUACUUUGGGUUUCCAAAUCACCGCUUUCACAUUCAAGGGUUACACUCUCAAUGUCUGGGAUGUCGGUGGCCAGCAAUCUCUGCGCAGUUACUGGCGUAAUUACUUUGAAAGCACAGACGGACUCGUGUGGGUUGUUGAUAGCAAUGAUACGGAAAAGCUUGAAGUAUGCAGGCAGGAGCUACAUAAACUUUUGUUAGAGGAACGCUUAGCAGGUGCGAGUUUAUUGAUUUUUUUGAACAAACAGGACAUUCCAACGGCUAUGUCACCAGCUAAAAUCCAAUGUAUUCUUGAGGUAGAGAGAAUUUGUAAGGGUCGUCGACACGUUCACUUGUGUUCAUGUAGUGCUAAGACUGGUGAGGGCUUAUUGGAGGGAAUGGACUGGAUUGUGCAGGAUGUUGCAAAUCGAAUGUACUUCUCCAGCUAA